GCAAGCUCAAAUUACGCAGUUUUCAGGUCUCCAUAGCAACAUCAUCUCAGAGGGUCCGGCUUCACAGAUUUAAAAAAUACUUUCUACCUGAUAUCUGACUGAACCAUGGGGAACCUGUCCCGAGGACUUCAUAACACAGAUAAAAUGUUGACUACUGCCGUUUCACCUCCAAUUUCAACUAAACACCAUCGAGAGGUGGUUAUAAAUCAAGAGAAGAAGGGAUUUCUAUCCAAAGCAAAGAGGUUUCCUUCGCAGUUCUUCAUGAGUGAAAAUCCAGGACCAGGCAGCUAUAACUGUGCCUCCAGCUCUGAAGUCAUUAGUCCUUCAUUCUCAGUCAAAGGAACCACAGGCUUUAUUGUUUCCAAGGCCAGCAGACCUUCCAGUUACCAACAAGCUAUCCCAGGACCGAAUGCAUACAACCUGCAGAGCUCCCUCAUCGACAAAUAUGACUUCAACACAGGAGUCUCCAGAGUGUUCAGGCUGCCUGUGGCUGUAAAGGUGGAGGGUCCGAAGCACAAAACUCCAGCACCAAAUCAGUAUGAUGUCAGAAUUCGUAAUAGAGAGUCUUUCUCCUCUGUGGUUGGUACAUCAGCUUUCCUGUCAAAAACUGAACGUGACACUUUCAACCCAAACAAAGAUACACCGUCUCCAUGCCACUAUGAAGUGAACACAAGUGUAAUCCGGUGCUGCCCCAAGGCGGUCUCGUCCCCCUUCAGAUCUAAAUCUAAGAGAAUUCCUGCUCCACUGGAAAAGUGUGCACCUGGCCCAGGAGCCUACAGCCCCCAUCAGAUCCCUGCACCCGUGAAAAGAACCCUCCUGCCGAGGGGACCGUAUGUGUCCUUAGCACAUCCUCCUCUGGUUGUCCCUAAGGACCCUCCUGUCCCAGGCCCAGGACAUUAUGACAUAAUGAAGAACAUGGGCUCGUCCAAGCAUCCUGUGCCCACUGCUGCAUUUGCAUCCAGAACGGAAAGAACAUUUCCAAACUUAAACGCCAAAACGACACCAGGACCAGGUUUCUAUGAUCCUCUGAUUCUGUCAAAGCAGUCCUUCAUGUACACUGACUCCAACAUCUGGAUUCCUUUUUAACAUUUCAGUGUAAAACUACACUGUAGAUAUGUAUCUUUUCCACAUCCA